UGUCCGGCCAUGAGGCUGGGCGAGCGGACCCCCGGCGGCCCUCCGCGCCUUCUCCCCCCGGGGGCGGCGAUGGCGGCGGCCCGGCAGCCCAACUAGGCCCGGCAUGCGAUGGGGAACUGCUGCUGGACGCAGUGCUUCGGGCGCCUCCGCAAGGAAGCGGGACGCCUGCAGCGAGGGCGCGGCGGGGGGUCAAAGUAUUUCAGGACUUGUUCCACUGGAGAACACUUUACAAUAGAGUUUGAGAAUUUAGUGGAAAGUGACGAAGGUGAAAGCCCAGGAAGUAAUCAUAGACCUCUGACUGAUGAAGAAAUUGCAGAUCUGAGAGAGAGACACUAUGAUUCUAUUGCUGAAAAGCAGAAGGCCUUCGAUGUGAAAAUUCAAACAGAGUUAGCCUUACAAGAGGAGAAGUUAAGACUAGAAGAAGAAGCUUUAUACGCUACACAGCGUGAAGCAGCCAGGGCAGCAAAGCAGCGAAAGCUCUUGGAGCAUCAAAUGCUACAGAGGAUUAAGCAGCGAUCUCACCCUUCCAACAAUGGAGAUUACCAAAGCUCAGGAGGAGAAGACGACUUGGAAUCCCAGUUGAGAAAUAUCAAGUCCCAGUAUGAAGUUUUUCGAAGUAGCAGGCUUUCGUCAGAUGCCACCGUUUUGACACCAAACACAGAAAGCAGCUGUGAUUUAAUGACCAAAACAAAAUCAACCAGUGGGAAUGAUGACAGUACAUCUUUGGAUCUGGAGUGGGAAGAUGAAGAAGGGAUGAACAGGAUGCUGCCGAUGAGAGAGCGCUCCAAAACGGAAGAAGAUAUUCUCCGGGCAGCCCUCAGGUACAGCGGCAAGAAGAGCGGAAGCCACCCUACCUCAGCCUCUGACGACUCUAACGGACUGGAGUGGGAGAAUGAUUUUGUGAGUGCCGCAGUGGAUGACAACGGCAACUCGGAGUACGCUGGAUUUGUGAACCCUGUACUGGACCCCUCCGUCUCUGACGAUAAGAAGCCCGACGCCGACCAGCAGGAUAGAUAAGGGUAAAAGGGAAUGGUCCACUGACCUGUCGUAACCAAGCGUCGGAUGUUAAAACGGGCUCGUUCUGAGCGCUUUUCCUAAGGGGGAGUUGGAAGAAGCCGUGAGGAAAGUGGUGACUAAGCAAGACAUGGAAUCGAUAGGACCUGUCUGAAUUCAUUCAGAAUUAAGUGCAAUUUCAUCAUCUACCUUCUAUUUUUAAGAAAAAGUUGAUCGAUUCCCUCGUGUUACUGGAUGCGACUUCACCUUAGACUGUCUGCACUAAUCUAAACAUUAGUGUGACGGGUGUACAAUUGAACUGGCUGUUUUCUCUCCAGGUGUAGUUCUGGUUUUCAUUUUUUUAUCCCAUGAAUCUAAAACUUCGGACCAUCUAGUUAUAUUAUUUCAGCCUCUGAAUGUGAAAAUAGUUUAAAUCGCUCCUGUUCUGCGUUCUUGGGAGGUCUGAAGGGGGUAGUGAAGUGGAAGUUAAGGAAUUUCAGAUAUGGUUUGUCUUGUGAAAGCUUCCUCCAAGCCAGCCUUCCUGAUUUCCCUCAUUUAGGGAAAUUUAGGGAAAUCCCCCUUUUAGACUGUGAGCCCACUGUUGGGUAGGGACUGUCUCUAUAUGUUGCAAACUUGUACUUCCCAAGUGCUUAGUACAGUGCUCUGCACACAGUUAAGCCCUCAAUAAAUACGAUUGAUGAUGAUGAUUUGAAUGUUGUCAUCUUCUACGAAGCACAACUGGUUGAGUAAUUUUGCUAAAGGAAUAGUAAAACGUCAAUUUCCAACUCCUGCUCCACAUGGUCACUACUUUUAGUGGGAUUAUCCCUGCGCAACACGUAUUUUUCAAAAUCAGCAGUUACUUUUGCAAAGUUACAGCGCUUGAGGCACAGUAAACGUUUCACGCAUACCAUUUAAAAAUGUACUGCUGUAAAGGGAUACUUGCUUUGGAGCAACUUUUACAUUUGUGGUUUCUAAACCCACACUGGAAUGAGUCAGGGGAGUAUUAAAUGAAAGAAUUUUUACGCAGAAGAGCCGUCAGUUCUUUGUACUUCGUUUAUAGGGGAAAAAGCCUAAUAUGCUAUUUGUGUCUUUCAAAUAAGUCUUUUACUGGAUGAAGGUAUGGAGCAAUUCUGUUCCAUUUUAUGGAGGAGAAAACAAUGGGCUUUAAUGAAUCCUCCAGACUGUAAGCUUCUUGUGGGCAGGGAACAUAUCUACUGACUCUGCUGUUUUGUUCUCUCCCAAGUGCUAAGUACAGUGUUCGGCACGGAGUAAGUGCUCAAUAAAUACCACUAAUUGAUUAAACUCAAGUCCACCACCCCUGCAGUUUGUAAUAACUUCUUCCCCCUGAUGCUUCCCAGUGAACUGAAUAAGAUUAAGGGCGCAAAAUGCCGUAGCAUUAAAUUUUCCUUUUCGGUUUUCUGGGAAUCCACAUGAAAUGAGUAUCUCAAAUUGUUUAUUUUCUUCAUUAGUUUCUGUUUUGCUAAAGAAGUGCACGUCCUCGUAUCCUCAGAUCAGAAGGUGUGAAUGUACUCAAUCGAUUGACUGAUUGAUCGUCGGAAGGUGCAGGUAUAACAAGGGUUUACCAGGUCGUAAUGUUCCCCCUCCCCUGAAAAAAAAUCAAAUUCAGCGAUCUCAAUCUAUAAGACAAGCAAGGGUACCAGAUUUUCAUUUUUCCUUUUGUAUCAUAAAAACACUUGACACUUUGACUAAAUAUGUAAAUAUAAUGCAUUAGUCAAUGCUGUUUUUAAUUUAUAUUGCCUUGUCAUAAUUUAAGUUGUAGCUAUGUCAUUGAAAAUACUUUCAAUGUAAUUACAUUUUCAUUGCUUGUAAGAUGCUUUUUACUGUUUGUAUACAUCGGAUGUAUAUUUUGGGUUAGACGUAAGCUACAACCUUCCACUUUUUCUUGGCAUCCGUCCAUAUUAGGAACUUUUUGGGAAGGACUGGGAUCAGCUCCUUGAUUGUGAAUAAACACAUUUUUACAUUUAAAAAAUAAAUCAUCUUGCUCCUUUA